AUGGACAUGGGACUGGUCGACUUGGAGUCUGCCUACUGUGGAGCGAACGUCAUCAUCGCAAAACCGAUUGCGGAAAACAUGAGAGAAGACGUGGUAGAACCUGUUGAUAGCCUUGACCGGCGGAUUGGAGACGAUAAGACGUCGUCCGACGUACAAAAGGACAUCAAACCCAACCUAAAGGGUGACAGGCUCAAUGUGGCCUUGCUUGUACUGCUAUACUCGUUGCAAGGGAUACCUAUAGGAAUUUCUUUGGCAAUUAGGACGUACAUGCAGAACAAGAAGGUCUCAUACGGUCAACAGGCAAAGUUCAGUGUGGUCGACUUACCGUACAGUUUGAAGCUAUUGUGGGCUCCGUUGGUGGACGUCGUGUACUCGAGGCGUAUGGGCAAACGGAAGUCGUGGCUGGUUCCGGUGCAGUUUUGUAUAGGACUGUCGCUGAUAUUCAUAGGGUCGAACAUAAACUACUGGUUGAUGGAAAACGAUACACAUAUGACCACGUUGACGUACGUGUUCUUUUGGGUAAACGCUUUGGCCGCAACUAACGACAUCGCCAUCGAUGGAUGGACGCUCACUUUACUGAGAAGAGAGAACAUAGGAUACGCAUCAACGUGCAAUACGUCCGGUCAAGCAUUGGGAAUAGCGUUCGGGUACGUAAUGUUCAUAUUGUUUGAGUCCGAGGAAUUCUGCAACAAGUGGCUACGUUUUACAGCCCAAAAAGGAGGCAUAAUUUCUAUGGAAGGAUAUUUAUACUUCUGGGGAAUAAUAUUCACCGUGGCCUCCACGUGUAUCGCGUUUUUCGUUCAGGACAGAUUCAGUCAAGCCGAUAAAAUCAGCAAAAUCAAUAUUAAACAAAUUUAUAAAGUGCUAUGGAAGAUCAUAAACCUUCGGACGAUGAGAAUAUUUACUCUAAUUAUGCUAGCGUAUGAAAUGUCAUUUUCGUCCAUGGGAUCGUUCGUUUCUAACCCAAAAUUUAUGGAAUACGGAGUGGCUAAAGAAGACAUGGCUCUAGUUGACCUAUCAUUGAUUCCGAUAAAGAUUUUUAUUCCUAUCCUUAUUUCUAAAUUUACAUCUGGGCCGAGACCGUUGAAAAUACUUUACAAGACGGUGCCAUACCGGCUGAUUUUGGGAAUUUCUUCCGGAGUCCUCGUAUACUAUACUCCAUAUUUCAUAGGUGGCGAAUACCAUAAUUGGUCAGUUUACUUUUUCCUGAUGUACGAACUCCAUCGUAUUUUGAGACUGGUGCUGUUGGUCGUCGUUUACCUGAGCGUGAGGUCGUUCUUCUUACGAAUCAGCGACCGACGGAUCGGUGGUACGUACAUGUCACUGUUAAAUACUAUAUGGUAUUUAGGGAUAGCUGUAUCCCGGAUCGCAGCUCUAGGGAUGCUCAACUUGCUGACGGUCAAACAGUGUUCGACAGACCGAGCGACCGAGUGUCGUUUCAAGACGGUGAAUGAUGAAGAUAAACCUGAACAAGAUUACUCAGUUGAAGAAAUUGUGAACACAGAAUUAAAUUCCAACAAAAUUCUAACAACUGUAGAUGCAAAAGUUUUGUUAAAAGAUAAUAAUAUAGAUAAACCUGAACAAGAUUACUCAGUUGAAGAAAUUGUGAACACAGAAUUAAAUUCCAACAAAAUUCUAACAACUGUAGAUGCAAAAGUUUUGUUAAAAGAUAAUAAUAUAGUACAAAACCAUCCACAAGACCUUUCUUCAUCGAAAAAUGACCAUCCAGCUCAACCCAAAUUAACGAUGUAUCCAACUACUAAUGGUCGUCGUUUUAGUAUAAAAUAUUAUCAAUUAUAUGAAUGGUUGGAAUAUUCAAUUUCCUUAGAUGCGCUUUAUUGUUUUGUUUGCCGACAUUUUGCUGCCAGUAUUACUGCACCAGGUGAAGUUUUUGGAAAAUUAAGUUUUGUUGAUUAUGGUGCUACCUGUAAUAAAUGGAAAGAUUUUAAAGGAACUCUAAAUAAACAUGAGAGAAAUAAAAGGCACAUCAUUUCCAUGCAACGUUGGAUUGAUUAUAGAUUAGUUCAAAAUAAAAAUGAAUUAUCUGUAUCAAACCAAAUAAUACAUGUUCGACAAAAUAAUAUUAAUGAGAAUCGUCAACAUAUAUUAUUUUUACUCAAAGUAGCAUUAUAUUUAGCUAAACAAGGGUUACCAUUUCGGGGAAAUAAUGAAUCAAGAAAUUCCAAAAAUAGGGGAAAUUUUUUAGAACUUUUGGAUGUGUUUUGUGAUGCAAGUAUGAAAGAAAGACUUGCAUCAAGGUAUGGCCACUACACAAGUCCAGAAUAUCAAAAUGACUUAAUUUCAUCUAUAGCUAAAUGUACUAGACAAAAAAUUUUAAAUAAAAUUAAUCCACUAGGUCUUUUUACAAUCAUGGUAGAUGAAACCAAGGACAAAUCUAAAAAAGAACAAAUGGUCAUUGUCUUACGGUUUUUGGAUAGUGAUAUGAAUAUUCACGAGAAAUCUAUUGGUUGCUUUCAUAUGUUGAUUUCUAAUGCUGAUAGUUUGUCAAAAAAAAUUAUUGAUACAGUUUUGGAUAAUAAAUUAGAUUUACAAAAUUGUGUGGCUCAAUGUUAUGAUGGUGCUAACGUUAUGAGUGGUAUCCACUCAGGUGUUCAAGAACGAAUACUUAAUGUUGUACCACACGCCAUUUAUAUCCACUGUUAUGCACAUAGGCUAAAUUUGUGUUUAGUUCAUACAUUACAAAACAUUCCUUAUAUAGUCAAUUUUUUCAACACUUUGCAAGAUCUCUAUAAAUUUUUUAUGAAUGGACAAACUCGGUAUGAGUUAUUUGUUAAAGCACAACAGGCAAAAGGAUUACCCGUAUUACACCUAGAAAGAUUAGUUGAAACUAGAUGGGCUUACUGGUUUGGAUCAAUUAGUAAAAUAAAUUUGCGGUAUACAGAAAUUAUUGAAGUACUUACUAUACUUAGCGAAAAUGAUGACCAAAAGGCAAGAGCUCUAGGAAUUUUAAAAGAAAUGAAUACACUGUCAUUUAUUAAAAUAUCACAUGCUAUGGAAUCACUUCUUAGAGCCAUCCACUGUGCAUCAAAGGCUCUCCAAGACUGUUCUAUUAUUUUACCAGUCGCCAUUGAUUUAAUUAAAUCUACAAAACGACAGCUUUAUAAUAUGCGCAAUGAUGAAUUUUGGGAUGAUGUUACAAAAAAAGCAAAAACUAUUGCUGUUAAAAAUGGUAUGAACAUAAAUAAAAAAAAGAAUCCAAGAAAGACAUGUUUGAAUAAGAAUCUAUUAGAAUUUUAUGUUGAAACUACGGUUGGUCAAAGUAAUAAGAACAAAACUUCAGAGUUGAGUAAAGACUUGAAAAUCAUUUUUUUUUCAGCAGUUGACAGAUUUGUUAAUGAAUUAGAUAAACGCUUCAAUGAUACAAAUAACAGCAUUAUUUUAACUAGCAGCAUUUUCCUUUCCUCCAGCCCUGAAUAUUUUAAUUUUAAAUGUCCAUUCCUUGAUGAUUUUUUACAAAAUUACAAGCACUUUAAUAUUAACACUAUCAAACUAAAAGCUGAAUUUCUGAGUGCUAAAGAAUUACUUUCGGGUGAUUCAAAUACCAAACAUGAUCUAUAUUCCAUUUCAAAAAUAUUACUCCAAUUACCUCAAUGUUACUCUGAAACAUUAAAAAUAAUAACCAUUCUUAUGACCUUACCAGAUUGCGAGAAGUUUGCCGGAGACGAAUGCGUCACCGUCCUGGACGGUUACUUUGUCGAAGUGGUAUUCUGCACGGUGUCUGGAGUGGUGUGGUACCUGGCCUUGAGAAAAAUAAUCGAAAACUUACAGUCCAGGGAACAGAGCGAUUGGCAAGUGAACGACGUCGGGCUGAUCCACAGCUUGUCACAGGAAUGA